AUGGGGAAACCUUGCUUUAUGCCCAUGGACCAAGGAAACCAAAGGACAAGGAUGAACCGCCUAGUGAUGAGAAAAAAGGUGAAGUUUGCGAAAAUUUCUGCGCGAAGGAAUCUCCGUACAUUGCGGAAGAUAGUCCCGGGUUGUGUCGGUGCCGAUUUGGAGACGCUGUUUCGGAGGUCUAUCGAGCACAUUAUCGGAUUGAAGUCACUUGUUUGUGUUCUCAAAAGUAUGGCAAACUCUUAUGGUGUAUGA